AUGUUGACUGCUAGCGAGGCAGUGCGGCAUCUAGAGAUCCUCACAUCUGAGGUUGCUCGUAGCGGCAUCCUGCUACAGAUGGUCUUGGUUGGUAAAGCUUCUAGUGGAAAGACAACAGUUCUCCAGGCGGUCCAUGCACGUGUUGCUUGUACAGAAAUGCUAUAUUGCGCCAUGUACCGCAGCAUCCAGGAAUUAGAGGCCCAUGUGCUUGCUGCCCCGUGUACCUGUGUUCUUCUCCUCGAUGAUGUAUGUGUUUUCAAUCUCAAUGAGCUGAUAUUGGCCUUACAGGCUAGUGGAAAAUCUUUCAUCGCAGCUUCAAGACGCCCAACUGAUGAAAGAUGUGACUACAUUACUUUGGAAGCUCCUCGGUUCAUCACUGCUAGCAUUAACGAAAAUGUCAUCUCCUUUUGCUCCCCUAUCUCUCCGUAUUGCGGUCAUAUGACCCGUGUCCAGUGUAUUCUAUUAUCAAUCUUGCACAUUUGCAUGCACAGUAGUCCCAGCCAGGACGAGUACCGCUUCGGAAGGACAACCCUCAAGCGAAAGGGCCAGAGCUUCAAGCAGAGCCUAAGCCACACAACAACUAACGGUCGUACUAGGUCCUCUCGUGUGUCUGUGGCAAGACUCAAGGCAUGUUUUCAAGCGUACAGCUGUCUGCAAACUGAUACGCUGCUGUCUGCUGUUGAUAUUGAUGACACAAUUAUGAGCUUGAUCAACUCCCGAUGUAUUGCUUGCACAAGGGGCCCAACGCAAAGCAAGACAUACCUCCAGUGCACGCUCACAGAGGGGGAGCUCGCUCUCAUACGGGGUAAAGCUAAUAUACUGCACAAUCUCAUGGAUUAG